AUGGCGUCGAGUGCGGGUACGGUGUUCUGGUCCGAUGAUAAAUACGAGAUUCGACCUGCGAAAAGCACAAAUGAGUUUCGUGAUGUUUGGUGGGGCUUCAUGCAGGUCUUGGGGUGGAAUCGCGGAUAUUACGACCUCGAUACCUACAUGAAUCCAUCACUUGGCAGCGGUAUGAUCUUGCUCAUCGAAAAGGCAACUGGGAAGUGCGCUGGCCACGUCUCCGCUAUCAUCAAUCCAAACUCGACAGGCUGGGUAUCGAUGUUCAUUAUUAAUGAAAAGCAUCAAGGCAAAGGUCUGGGCAGAGAGCUUUUCAAGGCUGCACAAGCCGACUUCAAGCGCAGUGGUACCAAGAUUAUCGGAUUGGAUGGUGUGACCGUGCAGAGGCAGACUUAUGAGAGAAGAGACUUUGUUGUGUCACCACUGGGCGAGGUCCAGAUCAUGAUGCGGCCUCUGCUGGCGAAGAAGCCAGUGCAGGCCUCGCACGUUGACGGCCACAUCGUAGACAUUCGACAAGUACCCCAAACGCUGCUUGUGCAGCAUGAGCUGAAGUACACCGGAUUUGAAAGACCGGCACUCUGGAGCGAUGAGCACAUCUUCAAUCGAAAAGACGUGGAUGGUGUGGCUAUUGCAAGCAAGGAAAGCCCACGAACUGUCGAUGACCUUCGAGCUUGGGCGGUGAUCCGGCGUUGCUCUGGAGGCAUAAGACUUGGGCCAGUGUAUGCGUCAGACUCGGCGGCUGCAAAAGCAGUGAUUGCGGCAGCUAUGGAACGAUCAACUCCCAAGGCGAUCCAAGCUGUGCCGUUGCCGAAGGAGACGAUGAAUGAGUGGUCUCCUGACAAGAUUGCGAACGAGGCAACGCUGGUCACCGAGGUCUGGGGUGGCAAUCCAGAGGCGAUCAAAAUCUUCAAAGAGCUGGGUUGGGAGGAAGCUCCUGUCUCAUACUAUCGUAUGUGGGUUGAUAGUAAAGCCACACCGGAACAGAGCGAAGGCGGUGCUGCCCAGGAUGGUGUGUACGCGAUCUUCGACGCGGCUGUUGGGUGA